AUGGAUCAGGACACGGAGAACAAGGUCCUUGUCAUCAAGAAUAUGGACUCGGGGUAUCUGGUCGCCGGGGAGCAAGUCACCCUCGAAGACGUGUCCUAUGACGCGACCGAACCCCUUGCCGAGGACGAGUUAAUGGUGCAGCUUCUCUAUGCGACCUACGAUCUCUUCAAACGGGACCUGGCCAGUUCCUCGGCUGACGCGACGGAAUUGCGGGGCCGGAAGCCCGUCGAGACGAUGAGUAUCGCGCAAGUCAUCAAAUCCAACAAUAAGCAGUUUCAGGAGGGGGAUAUGGUGAUCGGUCGCUUGCCGGUUCAACAAUACGUGCUCAUUAAAGCUGACGACGCGACCGAGUUGAAGCUCCUUGAGAAUCCCUGCGAGUUCGACGAUAUUCGGUUAUUCCUCAGCGUCCUGGGCGUCCCAGGUCUCUUAGCCUUUUCCUCACUAUACGAAAUCGGUCGACCUAAAAAAGGUGAAACGAUCCUCAUCGCCGGUGCGAGCGACGAAAUCGGCCAACUCGUCGGCCAGAUGGCCCGACUCGAAGGGUUGAAGGUGUUCGGCAGCGUCGAAUCAGAUGAAAAACUCGACUUUCUUAUUACCGAACUCGGCUUUGAUGGAGGAUUUAAUUACGCCAAAGAGAGCCCCUACGAAGCUCUCCCUCGUCUUGUCCCCAACGGUAUCGAUAUUUACUAUGAUAAUUUGAGCUGGAUGUCCCGCCUGAAUAUCGGCGGGCUGGAUACCCAUUUUGACCUACUCGGUAGCAGACAUCUAAACGCAGCAUUCUCUUCAAUGCGACGAUACGGCCGGAUCAUGUUCUACGGCACGAUCGCCGAACAGACCGUCUUGGACCCUAUCAUCGGCAUGUUCUUGCACAAUACUGUUUUGAAACGACUUACAAUCCGCGGAUUCGGGCUCUCUGAUCCCAGCUUUGGGAAGAAAUGGGGCAAACUUCAUAUGGAACGCAUGCAACAAUGGGUCAAGGAAGAAAAACUCAAGAUCCCUACCUUCGAGAUUACCGGUAUGGAUAACGCGGCAAAGGCCUUCGUCGAGGCCUUCUACUCCAGUGAGAAUACGCAUACGCAUACCAUCUUAGCGGUUACGUGA